AUGACGAUUCAGAAUCAGGAGGCGGCGGAGGAAGGACAAAGUGCUUCUCAAGACGAGCGCAAGACUGAAUAUCGUAUGGACGGAGGACUUCAAGCUUGGUUGCAGGUGCUAGGCAGUUGGAUCCUCUUUGCUAACACCUGGGGUCUAACGAAUUCUUUUGGUGUGUUUGAAACAUUCUACACCGAAAGCUUGCUGGAAACCUCGUCAGCUUCGGCCAUCUCAUGGAUUGGUUCCAUCCAGCUUUUCCUUACGAUGGUCAUCGGGGUCUUUGCGGGCUGGUUCCUCGAUGCCGGACAUCUACAGCCCUUGCUCAUCAUUGGCACCUUUCUUGAGAUUUUCGGAAUGUUCAUGACCUCUCUCUGCACUGAGUACUGGCAAAUUCUAUUGGCGCAGGGAAUCUGCGUUGGUCUGGGCAGUGGCCUGUUGGGGUUGACUUCCGUGGCUGUGAUUCCGUUGUAUUUUUCAGAGAAGAGGAUGAUUGCCUUAGGAAUCGCAGCUACAGGAAGCAGUCUAGCUGGAAUUAUAUACCCUAUCAUGAUGCGCAGACUCUUUGUGAGUGCGGGUUUUCCAUGGGCAGUACGUGCGCUCGCCUUUCUCAUGCUGGGAUGUCUGGUCGUUUGUUGUGCAAUUAUGAGACUUCGCCCACGCCCUCCUCAGUCGACAUCACUGGUUGAUUUUAAACAUAUCCGGGAUCCGUCAUACAUGGCUUUUGUCGCAGCAUUUACUUUAAUGAUGGCAUCCGUCUACGUUCCUUUCUUUUAUAUUCAGAAAUACGCUCUGCAAUUCAACAUUGAUGAUGAUAUGGCUUUUUACCUUCUAAGCAUGAUGAAUGCUUCAAGUUUGAUUGGACGUAUUGGACCAAAUUUGCUUGCAGAUUACAUUGGUGGCUUGAAUGUAAUGGCUCCAGCUUGCUUCUUAUCGGCAGUCGUUCUAUUUGUCUUCCGGUUCGCCGUUGAUUUACCUGGCUUGAUUGUGAUAGCGCUAUUCUAUGGCCUAAUCUCCGGAGGCAUGGUGUCUCUCCCAGCAGCCAUAAUCGCAAAUCUCACCAGCAAACCGUCGGAGCUAGGCUCACGCAUAGGUUUGGCCUACACAAUCGCUGCAUUUGGUGCAUUGAUUGGAAAUCCUAUUGCUGGUGCUUGUCUGCGGCCGUCCGGGACAUCCAGCUCUGAUGUUCAAAGAGAGUACCAGGGAGUUUGGAUUUUCGGGGGUGCUUUUAUGUUACUCUCAACUGGCUGUGUGAUUUUGACUCGAUACCUUAAUUCUAAAACUUUCACGGGGAACAAAAUGUAA